AUGAACGAUCAGACGGAUUGGAACGAAACGAUUCGAAUGCGACAAAUUGGUAUUUUAUCCUCUCUUUCGUAUUUAUUCUCACGUUUCAUGCUUGUUGAGAGUUCGGACGUAACUUCUUUGAAACAAAUGUUAAACCUCAAUCAACCAUUGCCAAUGUCGAUGGCUGUGGAACCGGUCUGGAAAAUACUUAUUUUGGAUCGCUAUGGGCAAGAUAUCAUAUCUCCGUUGCUAACGAUCAAACAGCUGAGGGAUUUGGGAAUUACUUUGCAUUUACUUCUAAACAGCCAUCGUGAAAUCUUGCCCGACGUACCUGCUGUAUAUUUCAUUUCUCCUACCGAUGAAAACGUUGAAAUAAUUUGCAAUGACUUCAACAAAGGAAUGUAUGAUAGCUAUUAUUUGAAUAUGAUUAGUCCGUUGAGUAGACCGCGCCUUGAGCAAUUAGCGUCUGCUGCUGUCCGUGGUGGAACUGUGCAGCAUGUUCAGAAGCUAAUGGAUCAGUUUUUGAACUUCAUCUCAUUGGAGGACGACUUGUUUGUACUGCGAAGAUAUAGCGAAAACAGUCCCUUCUCAUUUUACGCAAUAAGUGAUCCUGCAAUGACUCCACAACAGAUGGAAGUUCUCAUUGAUACUGUUGUUGACGGUUUGUUUUCGGUAUGUGCAACAUUGGGUGUAGUGCCUAUUAUACGUUGUUUGAAGGAUAAUGCUGCAGAACAAGUUGCCGUGCGUUUAGACCAGAAGUUACGUGAUAAUUUCCGUGAUGCUCGUAACAACUUGUUUGUACAAGACAGUGUUCGCGCUGGACGACUGAUUAUUCAUCGACCUGUUUUAAUCAUUGCCGAUCGUGGCAUGGAUAUAGCAACAAUGCUUCGUCAUACAUGGACUUAUCAAGCUCUUAUACAUGAUUUAUUAGAUUUGGAUUUAAAUCGUGUCGUAAUUAAAGAUAAAACUGGAAGAAGGAAGGAAUACGACAUGAAUUCACGUGACAAGCUGUGGAUAGGACAUAAAGGAAGUGCUUUUCCAUUAGUUGCGGAAGCAAUACAGGAAGAAGUUGAAGCCUAUAAAAACAGCGAAGAUGAGAUCAAACGUCUGAAACACGCUAUGGGUGUGGAUGAUGUGGAGUCCGACGAAACCGUAAGUUUAUUGAGUGAUGCAACAGCUAAAUUAACCUCUACAGUUGGCUCACUUCCAGAAUUGUUAGAAAAAAAACGCUUAAUCGAUUUGCAUACAACCGUUGCAACUGCAGUCCUAGAUGAAAUUAAACAAAGGAAGCUUGAUGUCCUUUUUGAGGCCGAAGAAAAAAUAAUGAACGGAUUAUUGAGCGGUGCAAGUAUUAUAGAGCUGAUGCGUCAGUCUGGUGUUCACGAAGACACUUUGCGAGUUAUGCUGAUCAGUUAUCUGUGUUCCUCUAAUACUUUUCAGGAUGAAAUAAGAGAGCAGGCUGAUUAUCUGAAAGAAGUUGGCUUGGAUGAUGCAGCCCUCAAAUAUGUCAAGCAAUUAAGGUCAAUAUCAAAUAUGAACCUAAAUCGUGUAACAAACGAUUAUUCUGGCGGUGGUAUUAAAACUGAUAAUAUGUUUGCAAAUUUACUUAAUCGUGGCUCACAGUUAUUUAUGGAAGGAAUGGUUGAUACAAUUCUUACGGGCAGUUUUCAAAGUAAUUCACGAUGCAAUGAUGCUGAAUUUCGAUAUUAUGAUCCGAAAUUAAUGCAUUCCACUGGCAAAGAGCCUCAACGUGCGCGUGGUAAUCCGCCACAGGAUGUUAUAGUUUUUGUUAUCGGUGGUGGAAAUUAUGUAGAAUACCAAAAUAUUGUGGAUUAUGGUAAAUCAAAAGGUCUUGCAAGGAUAACAUAUGGUUGCACGGAAUUAGUUAGUCCGAAGCAGUUUGUUGAGCAGUUGACCCGUCUUGGCCGAGAAAUGUCAUAA